AUGGAGGCCCUUCUACGCCAGUCCCGAUCCAUGUGCCCGUUCUUGAAGAAGACGUCGCCUGCCACUCUCCGCUCGCUCUCCACAACGAGCGCCCACAAUGCCUCUCCCGGGGGCGGUAGCAUGUCGAACCUCCAGGUUUUGGCUCGUCGCUGCCCGAUCAUGGGCAAAGCCUUGGCUGUGCAGAGCGCCCGUACCGGAAACGCCGCCCUUGCUGGUGCAUAUGGAGGCGCUCGGGCGUACCACAGCAAGGUCCCCCGGGCCAACCUCCAUACUACAGCACCGAAAGAGGCUCAAGCUGUCGAUGUAGGGACCGCGCGCCACCAGGCCGCUCCUUACAUUCAAGUCCCCAAAACUGCCAUUCCCGCUCGUGAGGAGCAUCUUGUCGGACCUCCACCGAAGCCACAGCCCGUCCAGUUCAAUUACGAUGGCUUCUACCAAGCCGAGCUCGACAAGAAGCACAAAGACAAGUCCUACCGUUACUUCAACAACAUCAAUCGCCUCGCCCAGGAGUUCCCACGCGCUCACAUGGCAAACAAAGAAGAGAAGGUCACGGUGUGGUGCUCCAAUGACUACCUUGGAAUGGGUCGCAACCCCCAAGUUCUGAAGUCAAUGCACGAGACACUCGACAUGUAUGGUGCUGGCGCCGGAGGCACACGAAACAUCUCAGGUCACAACCAGCAUGCAGUUGGGCUUGAGGCGACAGUUGCGAAGCUUCAUGCGAAAGAGGCUGCCUUGGUUUUCUCGUCGUGCUACGUUGCCAAUGAUGCUACACUAGCCACACUCGGGAGCAAGUUGCCGAACUGCGUUAUCCUCUCGGACAGCAUGAAUCAUGCUUCCAUGAUUCAGGGCAUUCGACACUCUGGCGCUAAGAAACUGGUGUUCAAGCACAACGAUGUCGCUGAUCUGGAAGCCAAGCUGGCCUCGCUGCCGCCAGAGGUGCCAAAGAUCAUCGCUUUCGAGAGCGUGUACAGCAUGUGCGGCUCCAUCGGCCCAAUCGAGGAGAUCUGCGAUCUUGCUGAGAGGUACGGCGCCAUCACCUUUUUGGAUGAAGUCCAUGCAGUAGGCAUGUACGGACCACACGGUGCAGGCGUUGCCGAGCACCUAGACUACGAAGCACAUGUCGCCGGCAGGCCGAAAGGCACCGUCAUGGAUCGAAUUGACAUUAUCACUGGUACCCUUGGAAAAGCUUACGGCUGUGUGGGCGGCUACAUCGCCGGCUCAGCCAAGAUGGUCGACACCAUCCGCUCGCUUGCCCCAGGCUUCAUCUUCACGACAUCCCUCCCACCCGCGACGAUGGCAGGCGCAAAGACAGCCAUCGAGUACCAGAUGGCCUACCAAGGCGAUCGCCGCCUCCAGCAGCUGCACACCCGUGCAGUCAAGGACGCUCUCAAUGCCAAGGACAUCCCCGUCAUCCCAAACCCUAGCCACAUCAUUCCUGUCCUAGUCGGCAACGCCGAGACAGCGAAGAAGGCAAGCGACAUGCUGCUCGAGGACUGGGACAUCUACGUCCAGGCCAUCAACUACCCGACCGUGCCGGUAGGACAGGAGCGCCUACGCAUCACGCCGACGCCGGGCCAUAUCCGUGAGUACCGCGAUCAUCUGGUCACGGCGCUUGACGGUGUCUGGACUCAGCUGGGCAUCAAGCGUACGAGCGAGUGGGCUGCUGAGGGCGGGUUUAUUGGGGUGGGAGUCGCGGGCAAGGAGGAGGCGGCGCCGCUUUGGACGGAUGAGCAGCUAGGGCUGAACGAGGUCAGGCAGGAGAUGAAGGCGGGGCAGGGGGCUGUUGGGGUGCUGGAGGCGGUGCUGGAGAAUGAGAGGAAGGAGGUCGCGAGCGCUGUUGCGGCUGCGGCCUGA